GUUGUAAAGCUAACCAGAAAAACAAUGAUGGUCAACUACCAAGCCAGGUUGCUAAGGAUAAUGACAGCAAAGAUGCCAUGAAGGAAUGUAAGAAAGUGGAGAGAAUGUGGAAGAAGAUUAUGGGUGGCGGCAAACCACCUGUGGAUACGUGGGCUAUAACAAUGUAUGACUGGACCAUAGAGCAUGCAGAUAAACUUAAACAAAGAUUUGAAACUACUGACAUAGAUAACAAUUCUGAACCAACAGGAAAGGUCAGCAAAGAUGAGUUCUGUGAGAUCCUACAAUCUCAGAAUGCACCCCUGACAGAUGAACAAUUGAAACAAUUGUGUCAAGCACAUGAUAAGAACCGUGAAAAUGAAAUUGAUUAUGAAGAGUUCUUUAGCGGCAAAAAGUAUUUAGCCAAAGCUUAUCUCAUGACAGCAUUUGAGAAAAAGGAAAAGAAGAAAAAGGGAGGAAAGAAAGGAAAGAAAAAGAAAGGAAAAACGAAGGUUCCCAUGCCAAUUUGUACAGCUCCAGACGGACCUAGGACUGACGGUGGAGGACCACCUGAACAUCUGAUUGGUAGACAUGUUCCUUUUUCAGACACUGGUCGUUUUGAUCGUGAUCAUCCACCAGAACACCCAAUACAAGAUGAUUCUAUUUGGUAUCUUGCACCCCCAGAGAAGGCCUAUAUGAAUAUUAAUAAUGCUGCUAAGAUGGGAGAUGUGGAGUCAUUGAAAAGGGCAUUCUGGGAAGGUAGAAAUGUUGAUACACGCGAUAAGUACUUUAAAACACCACUCAUGGUUGCUUGUCACUAUGGAAACUUUGAAAUGGUGCAGUUCUUAGUGGAAAAUGGGGCUGAUGUUAAUGCAAAGGAUAAUUUCAAGUGGACGGCUUUACACCAUGCAUGUCAUGCUGGUCAGAUGGAUAUCGUAGAAAUGUUGGUCGAAAGAGGAGCUGAAAUAGAAGUAAAAGCUAUGAAUGGUGGUACUCCAUUGAUGAGAGCAGUACAGAGUUCAAGACCAGAUGUAGUACAGUAUCUUAUUGAUAAAGGUGCCAAAGUUCAACAAGAGAAUAGAAAAGGUGACAAUGUGAUGGAUAUUGCGAUGUGGUGGGCUGAUCCAAGAGUACUAGAAAUAGUCAAGGAGAAAUUUGAUAGCUUACCCAAACCUAAAGAAGGCAAAGGAAAGAAAGGUGGUAAGAAGAGCGCCAAAGGAAAGAGAGAUGCUCCAAGAGCAUCAUCAGUUCCACCAUUGCCAAAAACUUCUAAUCUGACCCAGAUGCCCAUGGGGGAGUCAUCUACACCACCUCCAAGACGUGAACGUAAAAGUUCUGUGUUACGUGCAGCAUCGGCAAUGGCGGGAGGCGUUGAACACAUGGAGGACGUCACUUACACACCAAUCAAAGCAUGGACACAUCAACAUUCAACUUCAGAGCUUAUCAUUAAGAAAGAGCAAAGGCGGAAACGAUUUGGUGAUGAAGUGGAUUUCCCAGAUUUUAUGAUGCCAUUUUCAAAUAAUUUCAUGAAGAAGUCCAAAGCCCUUGGUGGUGUGAGUUCUGACGAUGAAGAUUAGUGUACAAGUAUUACUGAAUAAAUAAAUUGGAAACUUUGAUUUUAUUCAAUCAUGCAAAUAAUUUGGG